AUGAUUGAGAAACGCACCAAACUCAAGACGCACUCAAUGUACGCGCCGUAUGUCGACAGCGACUUGCAGAACCGGUGGUGGGAUUUUGGCGGCGAUACCAUCAUCAAUACCAAUAAGCAUGUCCGGUUGACGCAGGAUCGGGGGAGCCAGAGUGGCUGGCUGUGGAGUCGCCUGCCGCUUGCGCCGCCCAGCUGGCAGAUCGAGUUUGAGUUCAACGUCGACGGAAAGGGCACAUCGAUGUACGGUGACGGCUUUGCCCUGUGGGUCACUAUGGGCCGGGCCGAGCCUGGACCCGUCUUCGGCAACCAGGACCUUUUCACUGGUCUCGUUGUCUUCUUCGACACGUACCCCAACAGCCGACACGGCUACUCGUUUCCCCGCAUCACCGCAAUGCUAGGUGACGGCCGCACCCCCGCCGACCUAGACGGCGACAAUGCGCGCAACGAGCUCGCAGGCUGUUCGAAGAACUUCCGCCGCCGCAACGUCGCCACGAAAGCCCGCCUAACUUAUGUUAAGGGGAAGGGACUGCGUCUUGAGACCCAGCUGGACGAGUGGGACAAGUGGGACCUGUGCUUUGACGUGUCCAACGUCGAGCUCCCCACAUCCCCUUACAUCGGCUUCUCGGCAAUCACGGGCGAUGUGGCUGACAACCACGAUAUCGUUGGCGUGUCGGUAUACAGCGCAACCCUUUACCCGCAGUACCGUCCUGUCGCGCAGGGCGUUGGCGGUCCAGCGCCGGCCCAGAAGCCCCUAGAGAUGACGCGCGACCACUUGACUGGCGGACGGGCACCUGUCCAGCGCGGGGGUGCCGCGGGAUGGUUCCUGUUCAUCCUUAAGCUCAUUGGCGUUGCGGCUUUCAUUGCAUUCGCCGUCGCUGCCUAUCGAACGUACUCGGCCCAGCAGAGCAGGCGGCCGGCGUACUACUAA